AUGCCGACCGACCAGCCUCUGACAAGAGAGAAAUCCUGGCUGUCAUACAGCUACGAAGGCCGCAAAGGAUGGAAGUCCCUCCGCGCGCUCAACCUCUUUCGGGGCAUGUAUCACGACGUGUGUCGACGGUUGCCCUACUACUGGAGUGAUAUCGCAGAUGCAUGGACGUACCGUGUGGUUGCGAGUACGAUCCGAAUGUACUUUGUUAAUAUGCUCCCUGCCAUUGCUUACACCCUAGAUAUGUACCGCCGCACAGGCGAAUUCUACGGCAUCAACGAGGCGCUCUUCUCGUCUGCGUUGGCAGCGAUGAUCUUCAGUGUGCUUGGUGCGCAGCCGUUGACUAUCGUGGGUAUUACGGGGUUGAUCUCGCUGUUUAACUAUACUAUCUACGAUAUCGUGACGAUCUAUGAGCCGGCCAUCUACCCGAAUUUCAUGUGCUGGACGGCCAUCUGGGCGGCCAUCUUCCAUUGGAUCGUGGCUGUCUGUAACCUGUGUGACUAUAUGCGCUAUGUCACGGACUUUUCGUCCGAGUCGUUUGGUGCCUAUGUUGGGAUUAUCUACUGCAUCAAAGGAGUCGAGGAACUAGUCAAUGAGUUCACCACGCAGGGCAACACCGCCGGGUUCAUGAGCACCAUGAUUGCCGUCCUGUACUUUCUCACCAUCUACGGCCUGGAACGGCUCGGGUCCAGCACCAUCUGGAAACCGUGGUUCAGGGGCUUACUGGCCGACUACGCAUAUGUGGUAUGUGUCCACGAUGCAUCGGACAUCCCAAUCACUCACAUGUACCAGAUCGGGACCGUCUUCUGGGUAGGCUUCUCGCAUAUACCCGGUAAUCUCAAAGCCACCCACGUCUCCUUCGUCCCUAUCGCCCGCGCCUUCCACCCUACCCAGCCACGCGGCUGGCUCAUCCAUUUCUGGGAACUCGACGCCAAAUGGGUCUUUGCCGCACUGCCGUUUGGCUUCCUGGUGAUGCUCCUCUUCUACUACGACCACAAUGUAAGCAGCCUAACCGCCCAGGCAAGACAAUUCCCCCUUAAGAAACCCGCCGGUUUCCACUGGGACUUCUUCCUCCUGGGCUGCACCACCUUCCUAGCCGGCAUCACCGGCAUCCCCAUGCCAAAUGGCCUAGUGCCGCAGGCCCCCGUCCACACUGACUCCCUAACCAUUUACGAAACCUCCCUUCGCACCAUCUCCACCUCCGAAGGCGAAGGCGCCGAAAUCCGCCGUCCAAUCGUAACCGCCACCGCCGUCGUCGAGCAACGCAUCUCCCACUUCCUCAUGGGCCUGCUCAUCAUCGGCACCAUGACUCGCCCGCUGCUGGUCGUCCUGCACACAAUGCCUGCCGCCGUCUUUGCAGGCGUCUUUUUCACCGUCGGCUGGGGCUCUAUCGAGUCCAACGGCAUCCUCCAGAAAUUGAUCUUUCUCGCGCGCGAGAACCGCUUCAUCCAGCGCGACGAGCCGCUCUUGACUGUUCGACGGCGCAAGAUCGCGCUGUAUAUUGCCUGUCAGGCGCUGGGCGUCGCCGCGACGGUGGCCAUCUCGCAGACGAUUGCGGCGAUUGGGUUCCCGAUUCUGAUCAUUGCCUUGAUUCCGUUCAGAGUGUGGAUUAUGCCGAGAUGGUUCAGCGUCGAGGAGCUCGAUGUCAUGGAUGAUCUGACGGCGAAUAAUAGUGCGGUCUUGGCCAGUCUUGGGGGCCCACCGCAGUUCCCGGGACAGCCUGAUAAUGAGAUGUUUGGGCUGGAGCGGCGCUAUUCCGAGCAAAGAUUUGGGUCGACGAGGCAGAGGGCGGGAAGUAUCCAUCGUUAG